UGAGAAACGGCCAUCUCUAUCUGUAAUGAUUUUGACCUAACCUAACUAACUUUUAAAACGUAUUUGAAAUCAAAACGGAGAAAUCCCGGAAAGACUCUCAUAAUUUCAGAAAAAUGGCAAGUUCAGUCGAAGAAAUCACAGAAACCGACAUUGAAAGCUUGCUUGCGAUAUUUAAAGUUGGGCUAGAUAACUACAACAGUAUAAUAACUAGCGAUCAACCUACGAAUAGUCCAGAAAUACAGAUGCAGGUGAAGAGGACGAUGAAAACCUUAGAAAAAGCUACCAGAUUAGUAUCGCUAGCUGGCAUAUUCAGUAAAAAUGAGGGAAUCGAAGAAGUAGCAACAAAUGACUUGCAAUACUUUCUACUCCCAGCUCUUUUGGGGUCUCUGAGUCUCAAGUUGACUUCUGGGGAAAGAAAGGACAUUGUUGAUGUUGCAGAGAUUUAUUUCAAAGACUUCCUCACUAGGUGUAAUGAAUAUGGUUUGUGCAAUUAUCAACCAAAGGAUAAAAAACAAGAAGAUGACAAAGAACAGACUGAAUUUGAGAAGCUUGAGACUGCUGUUAAUACUAGGGCCAAUAAAAUACAAAGGUUCAAGGAGCAAAAAGCCCUAAAAUCUCAACUAGAAACUCUGCAGAAAAAUCUGGAUAAUGAACAUGUAGAUGAAGAGAUAAAGCGCAACUAUUUUCUCACCAUGAUCAAGCUAUUCAUACAUGAAUCCUUGGAUGAGCUGAGCAGCAUUGAAAUGGAGAAGCCCAUCUUGGAACACAUGGCCAAUUUGAACAAGGAGGAGAAGCAACCUCCAAAGAGGCAGCCCCCUCCUCCUUUGAAGCCAAUAAUCAUCACUAGAGAUGAGGUGCAGAAAGCUGUUUUUGGGGCUGGAUAUCCAUCUUUACCUACCAUGACUGUCCAAGAGUUCUACGACAAGCGCGUUGCAGACGGUGUGUUUCCAGAUCCGAACAAAAAGCCAUCCACCAAUCAGGCACAGAUGAGCCUCCAGGAAGCAGCACUUGCAGGAGUGGACAUGAAGCAGCAGGAUGAACAAGAUGCAGCUGAGAAGGAGAAGAAAGAAGAAGAGGAUGAUGAUGAAAACAUCGCCAGAAUGCGGGCCAAGGACGAGUUCAAGGACGAUCAUAGGCGCGGAUGGGGGAACAGGAUGAACAGAAGCUAGAAACUGUUUGAUGUUUGUUUAAUGCGUCAUGAGAGAAUAAAGUUUUUGAAAGUCUUCGAUUCAUUGUGCUCUAUCUCGCCAAUAAAACUGAUGCCACAUUUUGAGAAAAGCCUUGCUAAAAUUUUUGGUUGUCAAAUAAACUUUGUGCAUGAUUUAAACAAGUAUUUAAAGUGAAAUUGAAGUAACUAACAACUGCGGGUAUCUGUUGGUAGGGUAAUCUAUGCAGAAUCUAAGAAAAUGAUAUUUAAUGUGUUGAACUCCUCUUUAAACAUGAUAAGCACGGUUUAGUAUAAAUUGGAAAAGCAUUAUGACUUAGCUGCAAAGGAUUUCACAACAAACCAGAUCCAGAAUGACCUUAAUUUAUUUACCAGUCAAUAAUUUAGUAUAUAAUUUUCUUAUAUUUUAUGAUUUGCAGCUUACGUUUAUUUUUCAAGAUUUGUGUUCGAAGAUAUGUUUUCUGUCUGCUCAUUUUAUUGGUGCGAUUACGAAAAUAUCGUGAUAUUAAACCAAUUUUUAAAAAGACAAAUAUCUAUUAUUGUAAUACUUUUUUAGUUCAUUGAUUUUUUGUAUUAUAUAUUAUUUUUAAAAACAUCACAUUAUGUGCCAGAGUUUGAUGUAUAAUCAGUGAAAUUAGCUGUUUUUUUAUAUAUCUACGUGUAUAUUGAAAUAAAUAAUUUUCAGAGACGA